UCGCCUCCGCAACUCCUCCACCAUGCCCAUGUCCCGCAUCGGCCUCCGCCGCCGCCGACUUUCCUCCUCCUUCUCCACCUCCACCUCCACCGCGCGAUCCUCACGGUCAUGGUCUUCCCACGCCGCAUUUGCCGCGGCCACGGAGCGCGUCCGCGCCGGGACGCUCAGACCGGAGGACGCACACCACCUGUUCGACCAAUUGCUACAACAGACCACCCGGGUCCACGAGCGCUCCCUGCAUGGAUAUUCCUCGCCGCCCUUGCCCGUGCUACGCCCUCCGCAGCCUGCAAAGAUGGCCCCUCCCUCGCCCUCGCCCUCUUCAACCGCGUAUGCCGAGAAGAAGCAGGCCGGCGGGUGGCGCCGCCCACAGUCCAUACAUACGGCAUCCUGAUGAACUGCUGCUGCCUUGUGCGUCGUCCAGACCUAGGGCUUGCCUUAUUUGGCCGCCUCCUAAGGACAGGGCUCAAAACAAAUGAGAUCGUCGCCAGCACCAUCCUCAAGUGCCUCUGCUGCGCAAAACGGACAGAUGAAGCAGUAAACGUGUUGCUUCAUAGGAUGUCCGACCUCGGCUGUGUGCCUAAUGUGUUCUCAUACAACAGAGUUCUAAAGAGCUUGUGUGAAGAUGGCAGGAGCCAGCGGGCGCUCGACCUGCUCCGGGUGAUGGCAAAAGGAGAUGGAGAUGGCUGCUCCCCCUGCGUGGUGUCAUACAGCACGGUCAUCUAUGGCUUCUUUAAGGAAGGCAAAGUAGGCAAGGCAUGCAAUCUAUUUCAUGAAAUGACGCAGCAAGGCAUUGUGUCUGAUGUGGUGACGUAUAACUCAAUUAUCGAUGCACUGUGCAAGGCCAGAGCUAUGGACAAGGCUGAGCUGUUCCUUCGGCAGAUGGUUGAUGAUGAUAUUCGACCGAAUGGAGUGACAUAUACUGCAAUUAUCCAUGGAUAUUCCACUUUGGGCCAGUGGAAAAAGGCGACUCAAAUGUUUAGAGAAAUGACAAGCCGCGGUCUUGUACCAAAUACUGUCACUUGGAACUCAUUCAUGGCCUCCCUCUGCAAGCAUGGAAGAAGCAAAGAAGUUGCAGAACUUCUUUAUUCCAUGGCUGUGAAGGGCCACAAGCCUAAUGUCGUAUCCUACUCUAUUUUGCUUCAUGGGUAUGCAACCGAAGGGUGCUUUGCUGAUAUGGUUAAUCUCUUUAAUUCAAUGGUAGGCAAAGGUAUUGUACCGGACCACCAUGUUUUCAACAUAUUCAUUAAUGCAUAUGCUAAGUGUGGGAUGAUGGAUGAAGCUAUGCAUAUGUUGACUGAAAUGCGGGAACAAGGAAUGAGUCCGGAUAUGUGCACCUAUGCAACCAUAAUAGCUGCACUUUGCAGAAUGGGUAGGCUGGCUGAUGCUGUGGACAAUUUUAAUCAGAUGAUUGGGAAGGGAGUACAGCCAAGCAAAGUUGUUUAUCGCUCCUUAAUUCAGGGAUUCUGUACACACGGUGAUUUGGUGAAAGCGAAGGAGUUCAUUUCUGAAAUGACGGACAAAUGUAUUUGUCGUCCUACCAUUGUCUUCUUCAGUUCAAUAAUGCAUAGUCUGUGCAACGAAGGAAGGGUCAUAGAUGCGCACCAUAUCUUUGACUUGGUUAUAGACAUUGGUGAGAGACCUGAUCUCAUUGCAUUUAAUACUCUGAUUGACGGAUAUUGCUUAGUCGGCAACAUGGAGAAAGCACUCGGUGUACUUGAUUCCAUGGUAUCAGCUGGCAUUGAGCCUACUGUUGUUACAUAUAGCUCACUUAUUAGUGGGUAUUGUAAGAGUGGAAGGCUCGAUGAUGGUGUUAUUCUAUUCAGAGAAAUGGAGCAUAAGAGAGUUAAACCUGACACUGUUACAUAUAACAUCAUACUGGAUGGGUUAUUUCAUGCUGGGGGAACAAUUGCUGCAAAGAAGUUGUUCAAUGAGAUGGUUGAAAGUGGAACAGUAGUGAGCAUUUCCACAUACAGGAUAGUCCUUGGAGGACUUUGUAGGAAUAAUUGCACCAAUGAAGCAAUCGUCUUGUUCCAGAAAUUAGGUGCAAUGAAUGUGAAGUUCGAUAUUGCAAUACUCAAUACCAUGAUUAAUGCAAUGUACAAGGUUCAGAGAAGAGAAGAAGCUAACGAUUUGUUUGCUUCAUUACCAGCCUGUGGGCUGGUACCUAAUGCCUCUACUUACGGAGUAGUAAUACAGAAUCUUCUGAAAGAAGGACCGUUGGAAGAAGCUGACAAUAUGUUUUCAUCAAUGGAGAAGAGUGGUUGUGUUCCCAGCUCUCGUCUUAUAAAUGAUAUCAUCAGAACGUUAUUGGAAAAGGGGGAAAUAGUCAAGGCAGCAAAUUAUAUGUCUAAAAUUGAUGGGAAGAUCAUUUCUUUUGAAGCUUCAACCACUUCGUUGAUGUUGUCUCUCUUUUCGGAGAAAGGCAAAUACCAGGAACAAUUACAAUUGCUCCCUGCGAAAUACCAUUUCUUUGGUGGAGUCAUUUGAUGCACUGGACUUUGUAGAUAAGCUUUGGCAUGGUUCGGAGCUCCCUUUUAACUAUGUCAACAUGUGUUCUCUUCCAUCCACUUGCCAAGAUCGAUCUCGGUGAUAAUGCCGUGCGCCACAGUGUUCUGCUCUGAUGUGUGGCUACUGGGCGUGUAUGCUAUGGUCACUGCUCCGUCUACAUGUUGUCUCCUUGUGCAAGGGCUGUCUGGUGUGGCGCGUUUGCUAAUGACAAUCAUACGAUGUUGGAUCUUGUUCCAGAGUUCAUGGAGCUCUUUCUCUCGGUGGAGUCGGUCUCGCUGCACGCUGAUGUGCUUGAUGGUAAUGUUUGGAACCCAGCUGCUGAUGGUCUCCAUUUGGCUAAAUUGGCGUAUGAUGUGCAGGUCCAAGGUGUUGUGCCAUCGCAUAAUGUACCUCUAUUGUUUCUCAAUCCUUCGCCCCGGGGAAUGUGACUAUGUCAGGUUUGUGACCCGUUAGAGCAAAGAACUCAGGCGGAGCUCGCAGGAGCAUAAGGGGAGGUCUGCACUAUCCUAAAAUGCUGUGAGAUCUGGUGUGAGUGUAACAUGAGGAUCUUGGAAUUUAAAAGCCUCCUGAUCAACAGGUGGAUGAUGCUAAUUUCAGAGGAGGCAAAUUUUUGGCUCCUAGCUGGAGUAAAAUUCUACCAAUGUAAUCAGGGCACCAUCACCACCUCUUCUGACAGAGGAAAAUGAAUCAAACCAUUUCCUUGUAGAGAACUUGCAGAUGAUACAUGCUGGUUUAUAUGGAACUUCUUGGCCUACAGAUUAGCAGGCAAUAUAAGCUCUGCAAUGUAGAAAGUAAAUAAUGCGUAGGGAGAGAAGUGGAGGCAGGUGUGCUGUAUAUGCAACCAGCCUAUUUCAGAACAAUGCACGGCAUGGUCUUCCUGCAAACUCGCCAGAUCUAAUGGAUACUGCCAAGCCAGCCGGGGGUCUACAGACUGGCUCGUGCUUCUCUUGGCGGUGAGUGAUCAUUGGCAGAGAGUACAUUAAUAGGGGCUCUUAUUAGGUCAUGAGUGACUAUAUUAUACACCACAUACUGUUCCCAGUAUAGUACUUGUGUCCACUAAUCCACUGGUAAUCAUUCACAUGAGGAAUGCACACAUAACUUUUGUACGCAUAAUCAUCUUUACUAAACACAUAUGUGGUCUACGAGAAAACCUUGGUCUGCCGGCCGAACUUCUGUACCUGCCCAUGCAUACUGGCCAGAAGUUUCUCAGUGGAUAUAGCCACAUGUACCACUAUGUUCAUACUGACACUGUAGAUAUUACCGAAAAAGGCUUUCGCCCCGCUUUAUAUAUAAAGCACCAACCACUUACAACGAGCGAUACAACACACAACACGACACGCACCCAAGGCAAGAUACAUAGGUGCUAAGAUGCAGCCAACACUCCCCCAAACAAUUCCAAGACAACAAAGAUACACACCAGGCACACUAGGAAGUCGAGGGAGAACUCAACCGGGAACAAGCCACAGAAGAGACCAAGCUGCAAGCCGUCGAUCCAUGAACCCCAAGGCGGUGCCUUCAAGAAGGAUACGCCACCGGAGUGCCGCCACCACCCGAUCCAGAGGAUCAAGAUUUUCAUCCGGGGUACCUUGGAGGACAUGGAGCAACCGCAACGGAGUCUUCAAGAAGAUGCCGACGUCCUCGGGCGCCGCCUCCGUCGGCCUGGACAUGCCAGGCAGGAUUUUCAUCCAGGUCAACAACUCCGCCUCCGACCAGGUUACGGACAGUCCUGGGGACAGAGCCGCAUCACCGCCACCGAUCGACAAGCACCAGCCGCCAUGCCGCCCAUGCGACCAUGGAGACUAGCCCGCACCUGAGCCGCGAGCUCCGCCCAUGAGCACGCUCCCACCACCUAGGCCGCCGCUCUGCAUCCCGACACUCUAGAGACCGACAAAGGAACAGGCUUGGAAAUGACCGACCAAUCCCUAGCAGGACAGAGCCGCCGGUGACCAGCCUACCCCGAACACCACGAACCCGAAAGCACUAGGCAGGGGAAAUGGGGAGGAGAGGAGCGGAGCAUGUCCGGACCGGCGCCCCCUGCACCGGUGACGGGUAGAGAGCCCACCCGUCCCUCCUGCAACCUUCCCAGACGUCACCCCUGACGCCCCGCCAUGGCCUCC